AUGUCACAGAUUAAGAAAACAGACCUGCCCCUCCCUUUAGGGCAUUUGAAAAACACUGCCCAAAAGAAGUGAUAGAAAUAUGGGAGUAAUACAUAACAAUGUUGUUUGUGACCAAAGGAAAAGGUUUGCACUUCUUGGUAUAUCUUCCAUACUUUUUGUCGCUAUGAUCGGUACGGUCGCUGGACAACAAAAUAGCGUAGAAAUGCUUUGUCAAUCAACACAAUACCAAGAAACAUGUCACAAGAGUCUCGAAAAAGCACCAAGCGAUACAACCGAUAUGAAAGCGCUUCUUAAAGCUGCAUUCAAUGCAACCAUUGACGAGUUAUCGAAACAUAUCAACAAUACAUCUCUUUAUCAAGAAUUGGCAAAAGACAACAUGACAAAACAAGCAAUUGAAGUUUGUAAUGAAGUGUUGGAUUAUGCUGUUGAUGGAAUGCAUAAAUCUGUUGGUACAUUAGAUAAAUUUGAUGUCAAUAAGGUUAAUGAAUAUGCUUAUGAUCUUAAAGUUUGGUUAACUGGUACACUUUCACAUCAACAAACAUGUUUAGAUGGUUUCGAGAAUUCGAAAACACAAGCCGGUGAACACAUGGCUAAGGUUUUGAACACUUCUAUGGCAUUAAGUAGUAAUGCUAUUGACAUGCUUAGUGCUGUUUCUGGCUUACUUAAUAAUUUUAAUACAAACACACACAACAGGAAACUUUUGUCACUUGUCGAUGGUUAUCCUUCUUGGGUUAGCGAAGGACAACGACGUCUUCUUGCCGAUGAUAAUGUUAAACCUAAUGCUGUUGUUGCUCAAGAUGGUAGUGGACAGUUUAAGACAUUAACUGAUGCUCUUAAGACUGUUCCUGCUAAUAAUGCACAACCUUUUGUGAUUCAUGUUAAGGAAGGUGUUUAUACGGAGACUGUUAAUGUGGCUAAGGAAAUGACUUAUGUUACUAUCAUUGGUGAUGGUCCUACAAAGACUAAAUUCACUGGUAGCCUUAACUUUGCUGAUGGUUUACUACCUUACAACACCGCAACCUUCGGUGUUAAUGGUGCAAACUUCAUUGCAAAGGAUGUUGGCUUCGAAAACACAGCAGGAGCAGAAAAACAUCAAGCAGUUGCACUCCGAGUAACCGCAGAUCAAGCAAUCAUCUACAACUGUCAAAUAGAUGGUUACCAAGCCACACUCUUCACCGAAUCCCAACGUCAAUUCUUCCGUGACUGCAGUAUCUCCGGCACAAUUGACAUGGUCUUCGGUGAUGCCUUCGGAGUUUUCCAAAACUGCAAACUGACCAUAAGAAAACCAUUAGACGACCAAAAAUGCAACGUAGCCGCCAACGGAAGAACCAAAGCCGAUAGCGCAAGUGGUUUUGUUUUCCAAAGUUGUAAAUUCACAGGUGAACCAGAUGUAGCCAAGAUUGAUCCCAAAAUAUCAUACCUAGGAAGACCAUGGAAGGCAUAUUCCAAAGUUGUUAUCAUGGAUUCAGACAUUGAUGCCAUUUUCAACCCUGAAGGUUACUUGCCAUGGAUGGGAAGUGCUUUUACUGAUACAUGUACUUUCUAUGAGUAUAAUAACAAAGGUGAUGGUGCCGAUACAUCAAAGAGAGUUAAAUGGCCUGGUGUUAAGACUAUUACAGCUACUGAAGCAGCUGCUUAUUACCCUGGCAAAUUCUUUGAGCUUGCUAACUCAUCUGAUAAGGAUUCUUGGAUUGUGAAAUCUGAGGUUCCUUAUGCACUUGGUCCUUUAGAUGCUAAAACUAAUCCUCUUGAUCCUACUGGUGGUCAUGGAACUGGAGCCGGAGCCGGAGCUGGAGCAAAGAGUAGUGGUUUUGUCAACAAAGGUAAUAUUUGGCUUCAAGUGAUUCUUUUGGUUGGGAUAUUUUCACUAUCAUCAUCUUCAUUCAACUUGUUCUCACAGUAGUAGAACUGUAUAGAAAGAUUCAUUUAGGAGAUACCUCAUUGUUUGAAACAUUGUUAUAAAUAAGAGGGGCUCAUACAAUUAAUAGUUGAAAGUGGAUAUGAGGUUGGAAUAAAAGAAUUCAUGUUUCUUGUUCAACUUUGUGUAUUUGACAAGCACAUGUCUAUGCUCAUAUUUUAAAUUUAAAUAAAAGUCCGAUCAAUUUUUAUUCAUUUUAAUUCCAUUGUGCAUAUUUAUACUCAAAAUUCUCGUAUUUUAAUGUCUAUUUUAAGGGACUAAAAUGAAUUUUCACUGUAAAUUGUUUUUUUUUUUUAUUUAAAAA